GCCAACCUCAAACAUCAAACAUCUCAGAACAUCCUCAGCAUGUAUCACCUCACGCACGGCCAAGCCCAUGCCAGCUUGCCACCAUGGCCCACUGCUCGAAAUUAAAUCCUAAGAUGGAUCCAUCUUCCGUCCCAAAAUCAUCGCACCGGACGAUUGAUUCUCUUUCCCGAUCAAAAUGGUCUCUCGUCGAUAUGCAGUCGUCGUAGGAGGAGUUCUUGCAUCCAUCUGGCUCUGGCUAGCCUUUGACAGGGAAAGCAUCCCCGCGCGGAGAAUCUGGUACGGUCCGUCCAAUUCCAAGGCCGGCCUCAUUAGCCCCUCCAUUGACGCCUUCGACUUUCCUCCCGUGGAUUCCGAGGAAAUGCGAGCGGUCUGCUCGUCUACGAAAUGGAACCAAAGCCUGGUGUUCACGUGUGACAAUAACCACGGCGGUAUCGGCCAUGUUCGGAAUUCGAUCUUGAAUUGUGUGAGGUAUGCAAUUGGUGCGGGAGGUGCUUUGGUGCUGCCAAAUAUUGCAUUGAGGGAUGAGGACGAUCUGGGGCAUGAUCAUGGACAUGCGGAGAAGAGGCAUGGGCCGGGGAGAAAUGGGAUGGAGUAUAUGUUUGAUGUGAACCAUUUUACAGACUCAUUGAGGGUGUCUUGUCCGGAUUUGUUGCUCAUCAGACAUAUGGAACAGACAGACAGUUCGCGCCGGCGAGGUCUUCUGCCCGAGCACUUGUUUACCAAUAUUCCCACAAGCGGGCUGGAGCAUCCAGAGGAGUGGCCAAUUAAAUUGGAGGCCUGGAUCGAGGAAUAUAUGCCUUCGUAUCCGGAGAAAGAGCCGAUUAUUAUUGAUCUCGAGCAGUCGUUUCUGCAUUAUCCGGCACAUUCAGAUGGCCACAAAUUCGCGCACACCUUUGGCAAUAUCCUCAAAUUCCGACCAGAUGUUCGACGCCUGGCAACUACAACGCUUAAUAAGUUAUCAGAAUGGUACGAUAUACCGUUGAACGUCUCGGAGCCAAUCAUGAAGCCUUCAUUUAUGGGCGCCCAUCUGCAAACCGACAAUCCCUUCCUCGAGGAGCGCCACAACUCAGGCGUAGCAUACGCCCACUUCCCCAGCCAAACGGCAGCUUAUAUCGAGCAAGCAAUUUCCGCCAAAAUCCCACUGAUAUACGUCGCUUCCGGCAACCUCCCUGAAAUCCACAAAUUCGGACUCCAAGCUACGGCUUCCAAGAUGGCUAUUACGCAUAAGGAGGACUUGCUGAAGGACAAGGAUAUGGAUGCGUUGGAGAGAUUAAGGUGGGAUCAGAGGGCUUUGGUGGAUUAUUUGGUGCUGUUGAAGGCGCAAGAUUUCGCUGGUGUCGGGCAUUCGAGCUUUUCGUGGCAGGUGGUGAUGACGAGGCAUGAGGGGGGUGACAAGGGGAAGGGGGUCUUAGAGAGUGAUGUUUGGAGUGAUGGGCUUAGUACGCUGUAUGGUGUGCGGAGUAGUUAUAUCGAGUCGAGCGAAUGUAUGUGGUCUUGAUGGAACACUGCAAGCCGGAGUUUGGUAGGAAUUUGACAAGAGGCAAUUGGUAAGGACCUUAU